ACAACUUCCUAAUUUGCUAACAGAAAAUUCAAUAAAAAAGUGUAAAAGUUAUGUGUUACAACUGAUUUGGUGAAAGUACGCUUCAACAGUUGUUAGUCGUAAAGCGUAGGAAGUAUGGCAGCCAAUAACGACUCCGUAAAAUUAGAAAAACACCUCAAACUUCUCAAAGAAGAAUACACCAAGCUUCAGCGAAACUAUGCUGAACUUGAACGAAAAUACAGCAAGGCUGCUGCAUCUAGUGACGAUCACGAUCUGGGCGAAUUUAGCAGCUUUGUAUCCCGGCUGGUAAUGACGGUGGCAACUCUGUAUGGACGUACAACCUACUCGGACAUUUCGGUCAAAUUGAAAGAUAAAACUAUGCCGGCUCAUAAAUUUGUUCUAAAUGCACGCAGUGAAGAGUGGAGGGAAGAGAUUAUUAUCAAUCAGUCAGAACUAGAUUGGUCUGACCUCGACGCUGAUGUUGGUUACGCCCUACUUCGGUGGAUCUACACCGAUGUAGUAGAUUUACAGCAUGAUUCCCUAGCAUUAGAUUUGCUCAAAACGUCGCAUCGAUUCAAACUACCAGGAUUAAUGGGUUUGUGUGAGCGAGCAUUGGUUUCUUCGGUUUCCGUUCGUUCCUGCGUGCGGUUUUACUGUGUAGCCGAAGAGGUCGGUGCGGCAAACUUGCUCGAAUAUUGUUCCGGGCUGAUAUCAACCCACUGGGAAGACCUAACGCCUCAGGAUUUCGAACACAUGUCUGGUCCGCUAUUGUAUCAGAUGUUGAAAAGUAAAACCAAGCAUCCUCUGCAUGCUGCCGUGCGCUUACUACGAGAGGAUGUAGUUUUCUUGUGUCUGGUUGAGAAUGAUGGUGCGCUUACUGAAAUCGUGAACAGUCUUUCUCCUCAAGGACAAUUGCCGUUAGGACUAGCAUUGAUGGGUCGAAGUACAGCCAUAGCACAGACUCUGCUUGAAACCGGUGGAGCAGACAUAAAUGCGUUUACGUCGGAAGGUUGCACAUUAUUGAUAGACUCAAUCAAGAGAGGAGAUGGUUUCGCCGCUCAAUUUCUGCUGGACAAAGGCUGUAACGUUGAUUUGGUAACUCGUGAUACUUCGGAUACCGCAUUACAUUUGGUUUGUACGUACGCGGAGAAAAGUACCGAUUCGGAAACAUUUCGCGAUAUGCUCAGUGUAGGCAGACAAUUACUGAAACGACGAGCUGAUCCAAAUGUGCAAAAUGUCAAGGGAUACACACCACUGCACAUAGCAAUCACCUCCCAGCAUAUCGAUAUGAUCGAUGAGCUACUUAGCGAUGGUGUUAACUUGGAUACUAACAUUCGCACGUUAGAGGAGAAAUGUGCCUUACAGUUUGCCCUGAUGCCACCGCACACGGAUGGGCCACCGUUUGAUUUGGCACGCCGGCUAUUGGAGAAAGGAGCUAGACCAAAUCCAAUUAAUUCGGAUAAUGGGGACAGCUUGAUUCAUUCUUUGGCCAAACAAAAAUUCGAAGACGCUGCUGUAUUUUUAGCCGAUUACGCAAAUUUGAACCAUGUAAACAAGGCAGGGUUGACACCGUUGCAUGUAGCGGCAAUGAACGGGCUACCGAAUUUAACAGGUGCGCUACUAGAUAAAGGAGCUUCGCCAAACCUCCAAUCGGGCGUAGCAGAACUCAAAACCGCUUUACAUUAUGCAGUAGAAUCGAAUAGUGCAGAAGUAAUAAUGGCUUUUAUUGAACACAGUAACACAUCCGUAGAACCGUUUGAAACAAUUGAUUUUAAUUUGAAAAAUGCGCUUGGUGAUUCACCAUUAAGUUUGUCCCUUGCUCUCGGUUAUAAUGACUUAGUACCCCUGCUCAUCAAGGGUGGGGCAGAUGUUAAUGCCCGCAAUGGACAAGAUAUGACUUUAUUGCACCAAGCAAUUCUAAAAGAGGACUCUGACACGGCAGUAUUCUUGCUCAAUCAAGGUGCAGAUAUGAAUGCGUUGACUGCUGAUCAAGAGUCUCCCCUACAGCUAGCAAUCCAUUGUCGUUUGGUGGAUGUAGUUGAUGCAUUGUGUACUCGUGGUGUUUCAUUAAGCUCGCCAGAUAAUAAAGGAGACUGCCCACUUUGGUCCGCACUAGAAUCGGAGCAGUUCGACAUUGCAUCUGUACUUGUUCGACAUGGUGUAGAUACCGAUUGCUGGGGACCGGGUCCAGAAGGAUGCCUGCAGAACCUAUUACAUCGUGCUAUUGAUGAGAACAAAGAACAGGCUGCACAGUUUCUUAUCAAAAGCGGUUGUGACUUGGAUUCACCGCGGCAACCAGGACCUCAGGGUCAAGGUGGAGAUGAAGCCAAAGAUAAAGCUUCUCCUUUGCAUUUGUGUUGCCAAUGGGGACUACGGAACGUUCUUCAUACUCUAAUUGAUCAUGGAGCAAAUGUGAAUGCUGUAGAUUGUGACCUAAAAACGCCACUGCAUAUUGCAAUAGAAAAUCAACAUGAAGAAAUAAUUGGCAUAUUGUUGUGCCAUCCCGGAAUAGAUUUGAAAAUUCGUGAUAAAUCGGGAAAUACACCAUUUGCGGCGGCUUUACAGGUAAGAAACAACAAAGCUGCCCAGAAUAUCCUGGAGCGACUUCCUAAUGCUGCUGAACAAAUGGACCAAAGAGGCAGAAACUUUUUACAUUUAGCUAUAAUGCGAGACGAUCUAGAAUCUGUAUUGUUCCUACUUUCUAUUCACGUGGAUGUCAAUUCUAGAGUACACGAUGUAAAUCAAACACCACCGUUGCAUUUGGCCGCCGCUUCGGAAAAAGAGAUGCUGAUUCGAAACCUUAUUCUAGCUGGAGCUCGAUUGAAUGAUCGAGAUGCAACGCAAAAAACUGCCCUUCAUAUUGCUGCAGAGCGAGGUACAGUGGCUGCUGUGUCAGCUUUGCUUCAAAACGGUGCAGAUUUCGAUGCUGUUGACGGUGACGGUAACAAUGCAUUGCACAUUGCCGUUCGAGAAGGUCAUAUAUCAGUAGUUCGUGAGCUUCUUACUGAAUCAGAACUGAAUGCAGAGGCCGUUAACUUGAAAGGACGAAAUCCUCUGCACGAACUUUGUCGCAGCGGGAAAGAUAACACUGCUGCUGGUAUUCUAGAGCUGUUUCUCGAAUGUAUGCCUAAAUAUCCUAUUAAUGCUCCAGAUUUACAAGGUAACACACCCUUGUUAUUAGCUUAUAUGAGAGGGCAAGCUCAGUUGUGCAGGAUACUGGUGAAGAACGGUGCUUGUAUGGGAGCGGAGAACAAAGAAGGUUUGACCAUUUUUAAUUACAAACUGGCCACCAAUCAGUUGCUUCACAGAUUGUUGGAUGAACUGCCUCAGGAAUCACCGUGGGCAUCCUCCGAGCUCUGCCAAGAGUGCGGAACAAAAUUCACCAUCACAAUGCGGAAACAUCAUUGUCGCCAUUGUGGUCGUAUUUUGUGUAGUCGGUGUUCAAACAACGAUGUGCCGAUUAUUAAGUUCGGCAUCAACAAACCAGUUCGAGUGUGUUGCGUCUGCUUCGAAGUUUUACAGGUAGGCAGCGGUGUGUAAGUUUUCUAUGCUAAACAAAUAUUUUCAACCAAGAGGUACAUACGAUUAGAUCUGUUGUACAACAUAAUUUGUAGGAUUUCUGAUCCUUUCGUUAUCAAGUAAAUGCCAUAUAGGCGAUUAGUCAUUUCGGCACUUUAUAGAAAUUGAUAUUCGUUCGCAUUCGGUUUAAAAAUGCAAUACACCGCAAUCAAACUGUUAUACAUUCUCUGCAUUAUUUUUGACUGCGUUUUUGAUCACUAAUCGUUCCAAAACGCUCGCUGAUGAAAGAAUACAAUUUCCUCAAUUAAUCAAACAUUUACAUAAUAUGACGACAACAUUCACAAAGCCAAGCGUUUAUACAUGCAGUUAUAAUUAAAAUAUU